AUGACGUGUGUAGCCGAGCGUUGUAUCGUGUUGUCGUCUUGUGCAUUAGAGCGUUGUGAUCUGGUAGGUCUUAGCAUUGAAACUCGAAGCUGCAUGUUGCUGCUAAUGACCCGGAGUCCUACUGCUCAAAGAGAAAGUCCGAUUAAUUACCUCGUUGCAACGUCGAUGCCAAUUUUAAAGUGCUUGACUAUCCUACUACUUCCUUACGAUGCCCGUAGUACAAGUUUCUAUAUACGUAAAUGGCAGCCACAAGUCCAAGAUUAUUAUCUGUCUAAUAAAUAG